UAAGGCGGGUUCUUUCGGCUCGUUGUGUUGGUAAGACGGCGUUAUGGUGGUACCGCCUGUCAUCUGUCACUUUCCUUUACACGGUUGAUAGCCGAAGUCACCACGUGCGUUGUGGAAAAAAUCAGCCUUUUUGAGUGUCCCAAGCGUUUAAAAACAUGCCGUUAGCAGUCGAUUUAUUGCACCCUUCUGCCGAAAAACAGAAGAAAUCGCAUAAGAAGAAGAGGUUGGUGCAACAUCCCAAUAGUUACUUCAUGGACGUAAAAUGUCCAGGAUGUUACGCCAUCUCUACCAUCUUCUCCCAUGCCCAGUCUGCAGUCCCCUGCAAAGGGUGCUCCACCAUCCUGUGCACAUCCACCGGGGGCAAAGCCCGACUCACGGAGGGCUGCAGCUUCAGGAGAAAGCAACAUUAAUGUAGUGUAUUCAUUUUUUCUAAUAAAUUUUAUUGGGAGUA